ACAAAGAAAAACAAAACAGCUUCUGUUGAAUAACGAGACUGUUUGGAUGGAAGAGCUGUUCUGGUGGAGCCCAAUGCUUUGCAGGGAAGUUUCAUCCGAUGAUCCGUCUGCCUGGGUCUGUUCGUGGGGAAAUGGGGCUGAAUGCGGGGCUGAAUUCCGGUAAGACUCUCAUGUCAGGAGAGUUGUCACAGGAAGCAGGUAUGUGUGGAGUUACUCCUGUGGGUAGUUGUCACAUGGCCUCAUGGUGAAGUUGAGAAGUUGGAAACUACUUUUAACGCCACAUAUUCAUCCAGCAGAGUCCGAUUUAAAGCGUCUCUGGAGAGAAAAGGUGUCAGAGUCUCUGGAGAGAAAAGGUGAAAGACUCAUGGGAGGGGUCUUGACGUCUAUCAUUUUGGCACAGUGAGGGAUCCAGACGCGCAGAGCUCACUGCGCCUUUUAAGAAGUGACAGCGCCAACACAACAUCAAGAGCGCACUGGACCGAUAGCACCAUUCAAAUGCAUCAUCGCUUUUUAACAGACUCUAUGAUUUAGAGAGCAGCGUGCUUUUAAAUAACACAUAUGAUGGAACUCCAUAAUCUUCAGGGCUAUCCGUGGACAAGAUUUUUCCAAGUCGGAUUUAUCUGUGCAUUUGUUAGCGGAGACGCACUUCUGAGGAGGUUUUAAAGAUCUACCGGUUCUGCAGUUUUUAUUAGCGUAUGGAUUUGACUCAGCUCAAAUAAUCAGGAGAUCACAGCGAGCUGGAUUACUAUUUAGGAAAGCCUUGGAACAUUACUUUCUGUUCCCACAAUGUAUGGAAUAAAUCAGAGCUGCUUGUACAUCUCUUUCCAUCUAUUCGUGGUCUGGUGUCACGCACAGGGGGAGAAGAAUCACCCUUCUCCUAAUUUUAAGCAGUAUGUGAGGGAACAGGGCUCACUGACGGACCAGCUGAGCCGGCGGCAGGUCCGAGUCUACCAGCUGUACAGCCGAACGAGCGGCCGACACGUGCAGAUCCAGGGCAAGAGAGUGACCGCCACCGCAGAGGACGGAAACACUUUCGCCAGGCUAUAUGUGGAGACAGACACCUUUGGAAGUCGCGUUCGGAUUAAAGGAGCAGAGAGUGGCAGAUACUUGUGCAUGAACCGCAGGGGGAAGCUAGUGGGCAAGCUCAAUGGCAGAGGAAGGGAUUGCAUCUUCACAGAGAUUGUGCUGGAGAACAACUACACUGCUUUCCAGAACGCUAAAUACGAGGGUUGGUAUGUGGCCUUCAGCAGGAAAGGUCGGCCCAUCAAGGCUUCCAAAACCAGGGAGAACCAGCGAGAGGUUCACUUCAUCAAGCGCCUCCACAAAGGUCACCUUCCCUUCCCAAACUCGGACCAACCCAAACACUUUGAGUUUAUUAGCUUUCCACCGAACCGACGGGCUAAACGCAACAGAAAAUCCCACGCUGCUUCCUAACACUGUGCCACACGGACUCAUCAGACUUUUUCCUUUUAAUAAUAAAAAGAGGCAGCUUUAUUUUUUAUAUAUGUUCAUACUUAAUGGACUUGCAAAAAACCAACAACACUGAAUGGAUGCUCAUUGUAAAGGGGUGACUUGUAAAUAUGGUAUUAUAGUAAAAGAGAAUGUAUAUAUAUAAUUAAGGUGGUAUUUGUAUGUGUGUUGCGUGAGCAUUUUGUAAAGACACUAAAGACAACAUGCUAAAUAGGGCUAUAUAUAUGAAAUAGAAAUCAACAUCAGUUUCAAAGAUGAUUGACCUUACCUCAUGUGUCUUGAAUAGAAAUGGAAAAAAUAAAUAAAAGGAGUCUGCAAGUGAUUCUUAUUAAUUGUUAGCUAACUGCGAAGAACUCCUGCACAGUGUGAAAUAUUAUAUAUAUACUGUGGGUGAUGUGUGUGAUUUAAAUUAUGUAAACUAUCUACUCAAAGCUGAAGUGUGUAACUUUUUCUGUGUUAAAAUACUUCUAUCCCAGCUUAAUAUGCAGAGACAACUGUUAGUAAGCCAUUCAUAGGUUAAUUUUAUAAAAAACUGUAAGCACUGUCUUUCUGUGGUGCUAUGAAAAUUGCGUUGUUUGUUUUGAACUAGACACGUAGACCUGCCCCAACAAUGUAACUCAACCAAUGGCAUGAGUCGGGGGCAGGACUGUCUCUUUGUCUGAGAUAGUUUAUUUUUGCAAUUCUGUUUGGUGCGUUAGUGGCACAUAAAUUACAUACUUCAGCUUUAAGAAGACAUUUAUCAUGACUCUUUAAGCACACAUCACUUAGAUGAGUGGAAAUUUACAAUCAAAAUUUUAUCUAGAAUGCCUAAAGUUUGUUUUCUACUCCAGACGUUUUUAUUGACAAUUCACCCGCCAUUGCAGGUGUGGCAAAAAGUUCAUUUCGGACCCUUGCUACAAGUUUCCAUGUUCGAUGUGAGGGCAUUUCAGUUGGAUUGUAAGAGACUGUUACCUUAAAAAGAGGCAAACAUAUUGUGGUUGGGUAAAAUACAUUUAUGAAUUCAUUUUAUGAAAUCAACAAGCAACAGUGAAAUAUAUUUGGCAGAAUGUGUAAGGCAAAGUGAACUGAGUCACCUCCUAAAGUACCACUUGCUCUCUGCUGCCACCUGCUCUCAUUCUACUGCCACUGCAAGGCUGAUCUAGUGUAGGGGCCAAGAGGUCAAGGUUUGGCUGGUUAGCAUGGUUCAGUGAGCCUUGCUGGUAGAUGCUGUACCUACACCAUUCUAGGGGCAAAAAGCAUCUCUCUCUAUUGACAGUCAUUCAAAAGUAGCCAUGUAUUCUGACAGAAUAAAAUGUUUUGCAAUCGACAUAACUGUUUAGUAACCCAUCUGUAUUCUGCCUUUGUCGGGCAUUUUCUGAGCAGACUAAGUGGUUUUAUCCUUUAAAUCACAAUAUGUAGGCACUGUUAAACGCUAUGUUACUAUAUUAAGAAGUCUAGUUUUGAUGGUAUGUUGGGAAUAAACCCAUGACUCUCCACAUGGUAACAUUCAUCAACAGUAUGUUAUUUAUAUCAACAAUAUAUUUCCUAACCACUGCAAUGUACUCCAGUGUAGCAAUGGAUUAGGUUUGAUUAUGUAGUUCUGCAUUUGCCCAUUUCAACAACACUAUCAUGUAAACUUUACAUUAAGGAAAAACUUUUUGCAAUUACAACUUCUAUCUUCUUUACUCAGAAUAAAUUAUGACAAUAAAUUGUGCUAAUUUCAUAGCACACUUAAUUUUCUGCAUCUGGAAUCUACAGUAUGUGCUCCCAUCAGAGCACAUAAAUUAGCUCUGAUUAAUUUCGACAGGCUUGUCAUAUUCAUAAGCUGUGAUAUUUGCAGGAUAAUCAGCACAGCAGCUGCAGAGAGCAGAUGUCAGUCACUAAGCCUGCUGAUCCACUUUAAAGAAGACCAAAGUGAUUGUAAGAUAAUCACAAGUAAUGGAUUUGGCAAAAAAGGCAGACAUGAAUAUUAAAAUAAAACAUUUAUUUUGCAAGUAGUUCAUAUUCUCCUCAAUACCAGGUGUGAAUCUCAAACCUACAGUGUUACAUUAUUUAAGAUGUAGUUAUGUAGUAAUAAUAUAUUUAUAUGCUAUAGCAAUUAAAUUAAAUUGAUCUUAUAUAAAUAUAAAAGUAGAUUACCUUUAUUUAACAAACUUUCUUUUUCAUGAAAGAUCAUACUAAAUCAUUGCAGGAUUUUUAAAAUAAAUGUAAUUUACCAAUUUUUACAUGUUCUUUUGUCAGUGAUCUUAUGUGGUUUUACACUUAAAUACAAGUAUUUUCUCU